CGUCAGCAUCCAACUCAAAGAAAAUCCUACAAGGCUCGAACCGUCUCUACGAUAUCCCGUCGUUAGAGAAUGAUGGUUCAAAUUUUCAGAACUGGAAAUUUCGAGCUAGAAAAGUACUUAUCAUACGAAAACUUUGGGGUAUUGUUGAAGGCUCAGAAGUCAAACCAUCUGAUUCUGACCCUGAUGCGGUCCAAGAUUGGCUAGAGAAGAACGACGAAGCACAUGCGCAGAUCACGCUCACGCUGAAGGAC